AUGCAGGAGGCUGAUCCAGAGUCAGCCGGCCCAUAUCAGUCAGAGGAGACUGAAGCGGAGAUAGAGAUGGAGGAGGCUGAUCCAGAGUCAGCCGGCCCAUAUCAGUCAGAGGAGACUGAAGCGGAGAUAGAGAUGGAGGAGGCUGAUCCAGAAUCAGCCGGCCCAUAUCAGUCAGAGGAGACUGAAGCAGAGAUAGAGAUGGAGGAGGCUGAUCCAGAGUCAGCCGGCCCAUAUCAGUCAGAGGAGACUGAAGCAGAGAUAGAGAUGGAGGAGGCUGAUCCAGAAUCAGCCGGCCCAUCUCAGUCAGAGAAGACUGAAGCAGAGAGAGAGAUGCAGGAGGCUGUUCCAGAGUCAGUCGGCCCAUCUCAGUCAGAAGAGACUGAAGCGAAGAGAGAGAAGCAGGAGGCUGAUCCAGAGUCAGCCGGCCCAUCUCAGUCACAAGAGACUGACGCGAAGAGAGAGAAGCAGGAGCCUGAUCCAGAGUCAGCCGGCCCAUCUCAGUCACAAGAGACUGAAGCAGAGAGAGAGAUGCAGAAGGCUGAUCGGGACUUAGCCGGCCCAUCUAACACAUGGGAGCCACAGCAGACUUUUCAUUACAACCCGUCCUUGGCCCGGAGAAGCUCCUCCUCAGAACUCAAAUUCUCAGGGGAGGAGAUGACUGAGAAGCAAUGGAUUCUCUUGACUGAGAAUAUGCAUGAAAGGUUCACCGUAGUUGAGGCCUAUGCUAAGUGCAAGAACAUCGUGUCAUGGGUGAAGGAGGCCUCUUCAACAAUGGUGAUCCCUGCCCUUGAUCUCAGCAUGGAUUUGCCCUGGACGCCAUCAUCAUCAUCAUCAUCAUCAUCAUCAUCAACUUCCUGCUCCUGGUCUUCAGUCGUAAUCAAUGUAGCAGAUCUGACAGCAGCCUCCACAUGCCGCAGUGUCAGAUUCAGCCUUGGGCCAAGUCAUGGGCCAAGCGAGGUCACUAGCCAUAGAACUGGUGCCAGCACACGGAACCCAACUCCCUUCCCCUCCCCACUUUCCUCAGAGGAGACUUUGGAAAAUGAGGAAGAGGAUGACAACCCAAGAAGAUAUUGUUCCACGUCUGAGGACGGAGAUAGAGAGGAUUGGGAUAGACCCCGCUCAGACCCACUGAGGUCUGUGUUCGGACUGUCUCACAGCUUCAUCUUCAGCCAGGUUCACAGAGACUCCCACAGGUCCCUGAGUGAGGUCAUACUGCCAUCCAUCCAGAGGAGACCGAAGAAGAUGAGGCCUAUUAUUCUGUCUGCGGACACCAGGCUGAUCAUGGCCAUUGUGGAGAUCAUUAUCAAACAGAUCAAUGCCAGACUAGGCCAGCUCGCGCUGAAAGGAGGUGCCAGUCAGGGAGCCGAAGCUCCUUCAAUGAGCAUCAGCUCAGCGAGCAGUCAGUUUGCUGAACAGAUGCUGCGGACAAUCACAACCACAAUGAAUGGCCAUACCAUGGGACAGAUGGUGCUCACUCGGCUGUCUGGAAAGUCCCCUCUGGACAUUGAGAGGAGGCUUGAGACCGAGUUAGGACCACUGGCAGGUCAGGUCAUUGUUGCAACCAUCAGCAGCAUCCAGACGGCGAAGAGCAAGGCUCAGACAGGACGUGAGGUUCGGGUGUCCUCCCCUUUCACCUACUUCCUGUCAGCGGUGUCAGCCGAGGUGCAGAGUCUGGUGCUCCAGAGAUCAGGGACCAGGAUGUCAGCCAGACAGUCAGGCAGCGACCACCUGCUGAACCUGUCUCGGGCGAAGAUCACCAGGGCCGUCGAGCUGAAAAUGGCUGAAAUGCACGGAGGAUCCCUGUGGAAUUGGACCCUGACAGAACAGAAUAUCCAGCCAAGUCAUGACAGAAUCACUGCCAUGUCCAGUGAUUUGGUGGAUUUGGUGGUCGAUGAUACCCUGGAGGCCCUUGGAUAUCUAGAGAACCAGGCAUUAUCCGGGCCCCAGACCGCUGGCUCUCUGACAGGGAUUGAAGGCCUCGACAUUGAUGGUGUGGCAAGGGACAUGGUCUGGAAAGCUGCACAAAAACUCAAGGCCUCCAUGUCUGAGUUUGAGCUGGAGCGGGGAUCCAGAUCCUCACAGGGCAGCAGUGGUCCCUCGAACCACUCACCUCUGUCUCGCUCCCACUCCGACCUAAGGAUGCUGUGUGUCCGGUCAGCAGUGGCAGUCAGAACUGCCCUGCAAGUGAUAAAAACAGAGCUUGACAGCAACUCAGAGGAGUUCUUUGAUCCGUGCCAGAUGGCUGGAAACCUUCUAGCACGUCUAGCGUUGAGUGUUGAGAGCAUCGAAAAUCUGGAGAUUGGUGAGAUGCUCCAGGGCCGCUCAGCAAUCAUGGAGCCGGAGGCUGUGAGAGAACACCCAGACAUAUCUUCCACUGCCAUCUACCAUUCCCUGCUCAUUGAUUGUCCAUUCCCACCAUCAGAGAGGGUUCAGGAAACAAUUAUCCUAAGCCAUUCACUAAUUUCACAGGAUGUGACCACACAGGGAGAAAAGCAGCAUCCUGCUGACCUCCAGACCGACAGCCUAACGGCAGAAUACCUUGCCAAGGCACAACAGGUAGUGAAUCAGGUCAUAAGAGAUGCUUCUUUGACCGUGGACAUCCUGUCAGCCCACGUCUCCUCAAGGAACAUUGCUGAGGCCUCAACUAGCAUUCUUGAGUCCCUUCUAGUGGACUUAAACGAGACAGUUGAGGUGAGUAGGUCAAGGGGGAGCAAGUUCUGGGAACAGGUCCAGUUAUCCUCCCAGAAACUUUACAGCACAGCUAUGGACAAGCUGGAGAGUUUGUACACUGGUUGCCACCUCACCAACGAGCGAGACCACCAGGAUACCCAUGUAACCGCUGACAAAAUCCAGGACAUGGAAGUGUCUACCAACAAUGACCUCAAAGACCCAACAGUUGCAGUCAGCCAGGAGUCAGUCAGACGCAGCGCCAAGGAGAUCCUCACAAAGGUUCUGAAUGUGAUCAAGGCCGGAGUAGCUGGCUCAGAGCACUCAUCUAUGGGCGAGCAGAUGGCCGAAAAGUGUCAACUGGCCACGGAGAUGUUGGACUCCAUUCUGAACAGACUAGAAGAGGAUGAGCCUGAUGUGGGUGAAGAGGAUCAUCUUCAUGUGAUGUCGAUCCGUGAUGUCUACCAGGAUGUCUCAUCUAAAACCUCUCAGGUUUGUAUGGUGGGGAGUAGCCAGGCGAUGGACCCGCUGACCGAUGAUGUGUCUGCCGCGACCUCUGUGCAUGAUAUUGUGCACAGGUCAGAGAGAUGUCUCUCUCAGGCCACAAGUACCCACAGGUCCGGCACUAGCCAGGCCUCCAGUAACUUUGUUGUUGAGUACAUGUCUGAGCUCCAUUCCAACCACCCUGACACUGCAUUGCCUGUGAGGUGCACUUCUACAGCUGUUGCCGAUACGGAGACUCGCCACGUCCCUUCUGCCAGAGUGAAGAAGAAGAGCCAGGGCCGGAGGUUCAGUUGCUGCCCAAAGUUGCCAACGGUCAGGAUCAAGGUGUUCAAGAGCAGAGUGGAACCAGAGAGCCAACUCACUCAAAAAGAGCUGCCUUCGCAGCGUUUCAGCACCUCUCGAGUUGCGCUGGAUGAUGAUCAUGUUGUCCCAUUCAUUCCCCAACUUGAGGACGACCUGCCACCAGCACAGGAGUCCUGUAAACGUCCCCUGUUGGUCAGGGUGUUCCGGGCCAUUUCCAGAGCCAUCUCGAAACCAUUCAAGGGCUGUGCUUUUUGCAAGAAGAAUUAGGAAAGGGUUAGCCAUCAACAUCUAAUAAACAUCAUUGUGUCUGCAGUCAAAUUGAAUAGACUCUCUUGACAUGGAUAUUUGAGUAGACACUUAUCCAAAGCAACUAGGGUUAAGUGCCUUGCUCAAGGGCACCUCAACAGAUUUUUCAUUUAGCCAGCUUGGAGAUUUAAACCAGUGCCCUUUGGGUUAUUGACCCAACACUCUUAACCACUAGGCUACCUGCCAUCGCAUUGGUUCUACCAUAUUGCUUAUUCUUUUUUGAUUCCUUCCUAUCUGCAAACACUGAAGUGAUAAGGGGUUGGCCCAACUGAACAUUUCACACCAGAUUUGCAUGUUCCAUUUACUGUGUUAAGAACAUGAUUUCAAUAUUUGUAAUAUACUUGCAAACUGAGAAGGUAUUUCAAACUAGCUUUCUUUGUAUUGACCUUGGUGAAAAUGUAUUUAAAUGACAUUGAAACACAAUAUUAAUACAAAGAGUGGCUUUUUCAACACAUUUAGAUGCAUAUAUUUCCAGUGGGGGAAGGGGUGUGGUUUGUGGCCCAUCAUAUUCUAUACAGCUCUUCGGGAGAGGUUGCCAAGGUCAAAGUGGAGCUAUUAUAAUCCUGCUGAUCAUACAGUCUUUGUAAUGAAGAAGGGUCCAUUAAUACGGGCUAGGGUCAGCCUGAGAGGUAUCUGUUGGUUGGAGGCCAAGGGUGGGCUUGAAAAUGGGUCAUUGACAGUUGCUAUUUAGAGCUUCUGUGUUCCCUUGCUUUUUCCGUCAAUGUAUAUAAUCCCUCUGUCUCUCUUGCACCCCUUUGAUAGUUUGAUUUAUGAUCACCUCUCUAAACCUGUAGUAUUUUUUACAUAAUAAUGAUCUUAUCUAUGGCCUAUAGAUGGAGGGGUACCAGGAGAGAAAUGUAAGAGAAUACAGAUUUGUGCAUGUGAAAAUGUAGGAAUGUUCCCAUUCCCAACACUGUAUAUGAAGAUGAUCUUUUUCCAUUAUGCAUGACUGUUAAGCAUUUUCUAUGCAUAGUCUUUUAUCUUUAUUUUGUAUCAUUUGUAUAUGUCUCUUGUCUGUUUUUCACAUACUUUCACAUAUACCCAAUGAGUACACUGAUAUGUACACUCUCAAA